AUGUCACUCAAAACUGGAUUACUAUUCGUAACGCUUCUCAUUGGGAGCUUUGCAAUCCCAGCUCAAGACCAGGAUAUGUCCAUUUUCUUCGAGCAUACGAACGCUCAAGCCCGUAUCGUCGGGGGUACCAUCGCUGACAGUGUGCCCUACAUGGUGGUCCUUAGUUCCGGCGUGUUGGUCAGAAGCUUCGUAUGCGGAGGCUCAGUGAUCACUAACAGACACGUCAUUACCGCUGCCCACUGCAUCGAAGCAUUGUUCUCCGGAGGAAGAUUGCUUAAUUCUCUCCGUGGAACCGUCGGCACCAACCGUUGGAACAGCGGUGGUACUCAAUACAAGUUCGCAAGUAACAUCACUCACCCCCAUUACGUACAAAGAACCCUCAAGAACGACCUUGGAAUUCUCAUCACUACAACAGAGAUCACAUUUUCGAACGCAGUUCAAACUGUAGUUUUGAGCGAUGAAUUCGUUGAUGCUGGUGUUUCAACCACUGUUACUGGAUGGGGUAGCACUGCCGCUGGUGGACCCCUAUCCCAAAACCUACUACAGCUCUCUGCCGUCGUAAUCGAUGGUGAGCGCUGUGUCACCGAGAUGAGGGAUCGCGCCUUGGAGUUCAACAUCAUAAAUGUUCCACCUGUCGAACCACACAUCGAAAUCUGUACUUUCCACUCCACCGGACAUGGAACAUGCAACGGUGACUCAGGCAGCCCGCUGAUUCGCUCUGAUCGCCAACAGCAAAUCGGAAUUGUGUCCUGGGGACUGCCGUGCGCGCGCGGCGCUCCAGACGUGUUCACGCGCAUUAGCGCGCCGAUUGGAUUCUGCAGAUCAUCAGUUAAUCUUUUCGAGAUCCAACAGUCCCAAACAUCCGUCAAUCCGAGGUCUGCCGUGUCGAGGAUGGGAGGCGAAUCCGGUUGUAAGCGUACCACGCCUGGAGCCAGGAUGAACACCAGGUGUAGCCUACUGGCCUAA